AUGGAAACCACGGAAGCUGCAGCACGGCACCAGGUUGAAUCGGAGAUUACACGCCGGGAGGUUGAGGUCCUGCGACUAGACCAGAGCUCAUUCAGUACAACCCAACAGCUAGCGCUCGCGGAGGAGAAUGAGGCCUAUAAGCGCAGACUACGAAAGGCAAAGCGGUCCAUCAAGGACUACCGCGAUGAAUUGGGCGAUUUCAAAGAUGAGAAUGAAAGAUUGAAGAAAAGGAUCCGCGAUAAUCGACAACAUCAAUUAGACGCAUCACGUUCACCUGAUGAUCGUCAUGUCACUGCUGGCGGUGGUAACGGGGAUAAGGGUGGGGAUUAUAGCGGGGUGCAUAACUCGACCUCUGCAGCAGAAAGAAAUGCUCCGGCGAGAAGAAAGCUCUACGCUUCCUGGCGUCCCAGAGUAACCACACCUCAACCAAAGCUUAAGAAAUCCACUACGUCAGAUUCUACACAUCAUUCUAUCCGCCGGACCUUGAUGAGCCCUGUUGCCUUCACAUCCUCUUCUACCUCCCGAAGUAAAAAGCGUCGUCACUCCCGUGACUCCACAAUAUCUGCAUCAGAUAUUGAUGGUGAUCAUCACUCGACAACGACGAUAAAUAAUAGGAGACAUCAUGCAGAUACUGGUGCUAAUACGUCAUCUCUGAGAACUAUGCCACCAGGAACUCCUGAAAGCCCACUGGAAAGAGAUGGUAAGGUAAGAGAUGCAGAGUCAGGGUUAGGGUUGGGAUUGAGACAAGGCUUGGGAUUAGAAGCCCACCCUGAAUCUAUGGGGUCAUCCUAUUGA